GGAAGAAUGUGUUUCUGACAAUAGCACGUAACACGACGGGAAAUUUAUGAUGGCUGACGAGAACAGAGAAAUUAAAGCGAGCAUUCGGCAGGAACUCGAUACUUUCCACCGACGUUUGAGGGACAGCUACCGACCUGACCUCAAGGACGAGGCUGACCUGGGGGUGCCUCCCGGUAACCCCAUCUUUCACGACCUCGAGCCUCACUUCUUCCCUUCCCUCGAGAGCUUGGACUUGAAGCCGGAGGACCUGGAGAAGCAUGGCAGGCAAGUCAGCGUCCCCGACCUCCUCACCACGCAGCUGGACGAGGAAGCGACGACCCUGCCCAGCCGAGUCCUGGUCGUGGGUCGUCCUGAGAGCGGCAAGACGGCGCUCUUUGCUGAGCUCAUUCACCUUUGGCUGCACGACAGGAGCAAGGUUCGUGGUAUGGCUCGAUACGACGCCCUCAUAGCUAUCCAGUGUCUUGGCCUUCAACCUCCGCCCGAUCCCAACGAGAAGACGAAACUCAGUGUCCUGGAAGAGGUUCUUAAGCGGCUUCCGGAGUCCUGCGGGAAAUUCGGCGAAGAGAAGAUAAAGAAGAUUAUGAGUGAAAUGGAAGUUCUCCUGCUGGUUGACUCACUGGACGACCUUCCUCCGGGAUGGGCGAUGGACGAGACGUCGUUUUCGCCUUGGCUGAAUGCGUGCGUGGUGGCGUUCUCCGGCCUGGAGUUUAUGCAGGAUCACGCCCACGCCCUGCGGUACGCGUGCGACAGAGACCACCUGGUGCUUCGACUCUGGGGCGGGAUGUCUGCCAAUCCUGUCAUAGCUCCUCGCGGGGCUUCUGAAUCUAUUGCUGAGCUGUCAGGCGGGCUGUCGGGCGCCCUCUUCAACGCUUACUGCCAGAGACUGUGCCAGGUUCACGGGAAAGAGUAUGCUCAGUUUAAGGAAUACUUAAACAGGCUGAUGAUGAACUUGUCGAUGGAAAUCAGAAAGCCUUUUAACACUUACGUGGCCUUCCAUGGGUGGAAAGUGUCGAGCUCCUUCACUGCAAAGACUAUUUCGGAGUUUUAUUUUGAAUGGUUUGAAUUGUGGAGUCGAAUAUACAAGACUAAAGUUCAUCGUGAAAACUCAGACGCUACUUCACUUAUAAAAAAGAGUAGCGAUGAUAUUGCAAAACUAGCUUUAGAUGCAUUUGCAGUUGCACAGAAGAAGUUGCUUGUUAAAAAGGACGAACUACAUGACUUUGAUGAACGGAAAGCCUUCUUCGCACAUACGCUCGUCCCACACUAUAAUUCUUCCGGCGAGAUACAGACAUUUACCUUCAGGAUUGCAGCCCACCAACUCUACUUUUCGGCUAAUUACAUCAGGAGUCAACUUCAAGAAGAUCACAGUCGAGCAAAACACUUGCUCCCGCCUGACCAAGCGCUGAUGUACCGCCCCAUGAUCCCAAUGGUCAUGGGCUUAACAAAGGACCUCCAACACUUCAGCGAAAUCGAGGACCACAUCGUGAGAUUAGUAGACGUGGUACAAACAGCUGACACCACCAGCCGCUUCGAAGACCCGAUUAUAAAUCACGUCUUGCAGGUCCUUGGCGAGAGUGGUCGGUACAACAGGAUGGAAGGCAAGCACGACAGUAUUGUGAAGAAGCUACUGGAUACACUACCUAAAAGUAAUUGGUAUGUAUUGAAUGGAAACAUGUUACCGGAAGCAUUGAAAGCUCUCUGUGAGCGUGGGCAUGGCUUAACCGAAAGCGGAGAUAGCGAACAAGAGAAUGAAGAUGGAAGUACUGGGGAAGGCAAGCCACAAAAAUUAUCCUUCCAAAUUGUAGGUCCUUUGCGGGAGACUCCUGGACUGUGCAAACUCAUUGAAGCAAUAAGUCGCUGUAACAUCAGGGUUAGUUUGCUCCUAGACGCAACUUUCAAUGGAGAGGACGAGCAGCCAGUGGACGCAGCUGUCAAAGCCUUGCAGACGAAAGGUCGCGCCUCCCUCGGGAAGCUCACUGGAUUCCUCAAGGACCUCUCCAUCCUUGACAGUCAUCCGGCCACGCGGCGCAUCUAUGCACUCAGCCUCCGCAUCCAAGACGUCAAACAGUACGAAGCGCUUUACAGGCUGACGAAGAGGAGCAACAAGCUCACACGCAUUGCCCUCCGCAUCCCCAACAUUUCUGAGAUCAAAGUGAAGAAGAUCCGGGAGAUCCCCAUCUGCAUCAGCCACCUGAGCGUGUACAUCGAGGGCGUGAGCGACGAGACACUGGGCAUGGCCAUCGGGGCGUGGAGGGCCAUAAGGGGUACUACGUCGAGGAAGGAUCAGGAGUACCUUCGAUUUUGGGCCGUCAAGGACAAGCGUCUGACCGCCUCUAACGUCAUCCAGGUGAUCGAGGCCGACCUCCCCGCGAAGCGCAUAGAAGUGCCUCUCCAGCAGCCUGUGAGCGAGUACGACCAGAACAGAAUCCAGGAGAAACUGAACGCUGUGAAAGGAGUCGAUUUCACCGUCAUGUUACUGGGUUCGAGGCAGUAUCCUCGCAAAAACCUGAGACCAAUAAAGAAGGAAGAAGUCUAGCCCAGGGAAAGAAAGAUUACUUUAAAUAUUUUGAAACGUAAAGAUUUGAAAAGACAUUGCAAAAUAUAAGUGAAAGGCAAAUAGUAUCGUGUGAUAUUUGUGUACAUAAUCCUUAUGCUUGUGCGUGUCUUUUUUGCUAAUUAAAAAAAAUAUGAUUAGUACA